UCUUUUGAAACAUUUCUUGUGUGGGCUAUACGUGUGUGUGUGUAGUGCUGCGUGUGUGUGUAUGAAAUAUUAGCCCAGCCCAGCAGCCCUUCCUAUUUCCCCUCCCUUUCCUUCAACAGUCUCAGUCGGUUCGCCCGCAGCACUUGCGUUCUCUCGGCCGGGUUUCACUCCAGAGAUGGCUGCGAAAGUGUGUAGAUCGGUCCUCCUCCUGUCCCGGAGCAGCGGCGCCGUAGCCUCUUCUGCUUUCCCCGCAUUCGGUGUCUCCUCACAGCGACAUCAUCAGAGCACAAGAACGGAGGCGCUGUCCAUUUCCCUUGCAAGUCACCAGACUGUCAGGAGAGCACACGGUCUGAGAACAGGUGCCAGGUCUGCUCUCUUCUGCCACCCCAGUGCCACUCUGACAGCCCAGGGCUGGAAGGGCUCCCCCUCAUGGCAGGGUCAAAGACUACUGUGUUCACCUGCUGCUACAGAAGACGUUACAGUGGUGUAUCAGAACGGCUUGCCGGUGAUCUCCGUACGUCUGCCGUCCCGACGAGAACUCUGCCAGUUCACCCUCAAACCCUUGAGCGACACAGUGGGUGUUUUCCUUCAGCAGCUGCAGGCAGAGGACAGGGGCAUCGAUAGAGUCGCCAUCUACUCUGAAGAUGGAGCAAGGAUAGCGUCCUCUACAGGGAUUGACAUUUUACUAAUGGACAGCUUUAAGCUAGUCAUUAAUGACACAACAUACCUGGUGCAGCCGCCCAGGAGAGAUAUGCUACCGCACGAGGAAGGAGAACGACUGAACGAUGUCAAGCUCUUGGUGCAGCAGCUCUACAGCACCCUGCGCAUAGAGGAGCAUCAGCUCACCAAAGAGAGAGAGCUGAUUGGACGACUGGAGGACCUCAACUCGCAGCUCCAGCCCUUGGAGAAGGUUAAAGAAGAACUGAGUAGGAAAGCAGAGCGCAGGACUACUUGGGUGCUAUGGGGCGGGAUGGCUUACAUGGCCACACAAUUUGGCAUUCUGGCACGGCUGACCUGGUGGGAGUACUCAUGGGAUAUCAUGGAGCCCGUCACGUAUUUUAUCACCUACGGCACAGCCAUGGCUAUGUAUGCUUACUUCGUGCUGACACGUCAGGAAUAUAUUUACCCAGACGCCAGGGACAGACAGUACCUGCUGUUCUUUCAUAAGGGAGCGAAGAGAACACGCUUUGACAUUGAGAAGUACAACAAACUGAAGGAUGCGAUUGCUGAGGCGGAGUUGGAUCUAAAGCGUCUACGAGACCCGCUGCAGUUGCACCUCCCUGUCCAGCAAAUCACUUCCAGCAAGGACUGAUGAGAACGUGAAGCCCUUUCUGCCUCUCUCUCUUAUUUCAUUCUCUUCUGCCUCUUUGCGUUUAGUUUUCUGUCUGUCUUUUUGUGUUUUGUUUUAUCUCUACAACCUCAAUGAAAAACCAUAUCCACAGCAAGCUUCGGAGUUUUAUUAUUAUCCUUUAUAUCGUUUCCUUUAAUUUGGCAAGUCUAUGCAGAGGAGAAGAGACACAAUUAAACGAAAUGACAAAACUACAUCCCUGAACGGAUGACAGAUGCUUGCGGAUCAGGCGCUCUCAUAAAGCUACAGGAGUACAGGAAGUUGGGACAUUGGGAUUCAAACAGUACAUCGCUAUGAGACAAUGACCCCAGGUCUUGCAUGGGACACAGACACUGAGGUCUAAAAACCAUCUGCCCUUGGGUUGAACCGUUUUUUUUCCACAUUGGAGUACUGCUGAUAUGCCUAACUCUAACUCUUUGCAGAUGUGGUGCUCUUUUCCAAUUCGGAAAAGGUCUGUUUACCAUCGAACCAGUCCUCUUGUGGAUGAAACGCUGCACUGACACCUGUACCCAACAGCCUAAGCUAAACCUUCUUGAUUCCUUUCCCGCUUCCUGUACGGACCUGCUAAGAGCUGGAGACAGAUCUAACAGCUAAAAUAUCACUGUGUGUUCUAUUAUUCCAAAAAGAAAAAAGAAUCAAAGAAAUGUUGGCACUUU